GGGGAUGGGUGUGGAUUACUAUAAGGUGCUUCAGGUGGACAGAAAUGCAAAAGAAGAUGACCUGAAGAAAGCGUAUAGGAAACUGGCAAUGAAAUGGCAUCCUGAUAAGAACCCAAACAACAAGAAAGAUGCUGAAUCCAAAUUCAAAAAAAUCUCUGAAGCCUAUGAUGUGUUGAGUGAUCCACAGAAAAGGGCAGUGUAUGAUCAAUAUGGAGAAGAGGGGUUGAAAGGACAGGUCCCACCACCUGGUGCUGGUGGAUUCCCCGGCACAUCAGGUCACGGGUCGUUUCGGUUCAACCCGCGUAGUGCUGAUGAUAUAUUCUCCGAAUUCUUUGGGUUUUCGAGCCCGUUUGGUGGAAUGGGAGAUAUGGGUGGACGGGCUGGUGCUUCAAGUUUUCCUAGAGGGGGUAUGUUUGGGGAAGAUAUUUUCACUUCAUUCAGGAAUGCUGCUGGUGAAGGUGCAUCGGGUAAUAUGCCACGAAAGGCCGCUCCAAUUGAGCGGAAUCUGCCUUGUAGUUUGGAGGAUCUGUAUAAGGGAACAACCAAGAAGAUGAAGAUAUCCAGAGAAGUUAUUGAUGCUACUGGUGUGGAAGAUAUGGGUGGAAGGGCUGGUGCUUCAAGUUUUCCUAGAGGGGGUAUGUUUGGGGAAGGUGCAUCAGGUAAUGCGCCACGGAAGGCUGCUCCGAUAGAGCGGAAUCUGCCUUGUACUUUGGAGGAUCUGUAUAAGGGAACCACCAAGAAGAUGAAGAUAUCCAGAGAAGUUACUGAUGCUACUGGGAGACCCAGUACAACCGAGGAAAUUCUGACAAUUGAUAUCAAACCAGGAUGGAAGAAGGGGACUAAAAUAACAUUUCCGGAGAAAGGAAACGAGCAACGAGGCAUAAUUCCAUCGGACCUCGUCUUCAUAAUUGAUGAGAAGCCACAUAAUGUCUUCAAGAGAGAUGGCAAUGACCUCGUUGUCACCCAGAAAAUCUCCUUGGUAGAGGCUCUUACUGGAUAUACUGCACAAAUAACAACGCUUGAUGGACGAAAUCUAACAGUACCAAUUAAUUCCAUCAUUAGUCCAAGUUAUGAAGAAGUUAUCAAAGGAGAAGGUAUGCCUAUUCCUAAGGAACCUAGCAGAAAAGGUAACUUGAGAGUAAAGUUCAACAUCAAGUUCCCCAGCAAGCUUACGUUGGAGCAGAAAGCUGGCAUUAAGCGAUACUUGACAUGAUGAACGAACAUUAGCUGGUAGAGUUUUCAAUCAAAUACUACAUAAGCCUCACCUCGUCUUUGUUUUUUUUUUUUUUUUAAAUUACCGUGCAAAGAAAUGUACACACUGUUUAUUUGUGGAUUUCUUCUGAAACAUUUAGGGCUCUUAUUUCAAAAUCACUUUUUUUAGCGCAUU